AUAAAAUUAAAACACCAAAACCAAACCCUACCAUUUGUUUAGAAGUUCUGAGAUCAGAAGUUUUCAGAAAGGAAGGGGAAGAAAGAAUACAAAAGCAUUGAAGAUCGAAGAUGGGUUCUGGGGCUGGAAAUUUCCUUAAGGUUAUUCUUAAGAACUUUGAUGUUCUUGCUGGGCCAGUUAUUAGUCUUCUCUACCCCCUAUAUGCCUCAGUCAGGGCGAUCGAGUCCGAGUCUCGAGAAGAUGACAGACAAUGGCUUACAUAUUGGGUUCUCUAUUCCAUGAUUACAUUGAUGGAGCUCACUUUUGCCAAAGUCAUUGAAUGGAUUCCCAUCUGGUCCUAUGCAAAGCUGAUUUUCACUUGCUGGCUGGUCAUUCCGUACUUCUCUGGCGCUGCCUAUGUUUACGAGCAUUAUUUGCGACCUUUCUUUCUGAACCCACAACAGACAAUUAACAUCUGGUAUAUUCCAAGGAAGAAGGACUUCUUCAGUAAGCCGGAUGAUAUUUUAACGGCUGCAGAGCGAUACAUUGAGGAGAAUGGAACUGAUGCAUUUGAGAAGCUCAUUCAUCGGGCUGAUAAGUCGAGGAGUAGCAGUUAUGGUUACAUAUACGAUGAUGAUGGCUACAGGCAUUGAUCCUUAUGGCUCCUGUAUAUUUUGCUGUCAAGAGAAAGCUGCAUGUGCAUCCGGUAUCACACGAGAGAGACUUCUUAUUUGUGUGCAUAACUCUUUGAAUGUUUGUCUAUGGUUUAUGUAAUUAUCUAAAUUUGCUUGUUAAAUAAUGCAAGUUUCUAAAUACUUUCUCAAA